AUGGACACAAGAUUCAAAUCUGUCUCCGUGCUCACUCUUGUUCUUCUUGCUUCCUUGUUUACCUCUUUGCUUCCUGUAUCACAAGCCAGGUCACUGCUUAUUUCUUCACCAAACAAGGAUCAUGGUAUUAUUAGAGAGCUGAAUAUUGGAGUCUUCAGAACAUUGAAGAGCUCUGGCCCAAGCCCUGGUAUUGGACACAGACUUAAAAAGCUUCAAAAUCUUGGAAGCAUGAAAGACUCUGGUCCUAGUCCAGGUCAAGGACACAAGUACAUCGACAACAACAACCUCUCAUAA